AUGUUUAAGUUCGAUGCCUACGAUUUGUUGAAUGAAGAAUGCGACCGCGGAGGAAUACUGACGUUCUGCAAGGAUCUCGACCUGGUCCUGGGCUGUGGCAUUGCACAGGGGCUGAUUACGGAACUGUGCGGCCGUCCCGGUAGCGGCAAAACUCAGUUUUGUUUGCAGCUCUCGGUAAACGUUCAAAUACCUCGCCAGUUAGGCGGUCUAGAAGGACGGGUUGCCUAUCUGGACACAAAAUACGGAUUCUCUCCGCAGCGGAUACAAGAAAUGGCAAAAGCCUGCCUCGAUCAUUGCACGAAAAUGCCCUGCUUUUUGCGCAGAAACGACAAACAAGAAAUCAUGGCCGGCUUCACACUGGACUCGGUCGUGAACAAUAUCCUCUACACGCACGUGCGCAACUGUUCCCAUAUUUUGGAGGCAAUCGCCGUGUUGCAGAACAAAUGCUACGCCGGCGAGAAGAUUAGACUGAUCAUAAUUGACUCCCUGUCGUUUGUGGUGCGCAACACGAUACCGCAGACGCUCGAACGAGUGACACGUCUCCACGAAAUACUUACCGAGCUCCACAAGCUAGCCCACCGGUUUGGCUGUGCUGUGGUCGUAACGAACGACGUGACGACGAGGAUUGCGGAUUCUAAGCAGCCGUGUAACGAUAUCCAAAUCGUACCGGCCCUCGGUGGAAGCCACAGCCACAAAAUUAACCAACGCAUCGUACUUGGACGGGAUGAAACGGACGGGCAGCAGCACCUGAACCGCUAUAUUGCAGCGGUCGAGAAGAGUCCCACGACGCCCCAGAUUGCGGUCGCAUUUACCAUCGAAACCGUGGGCAUUCGUAAUGUCCGACGGGGACGAAAGCAAUUGUAG